ACAAUCCACAUUUUCUCAUACCCUACCAUGGAAUAAAGAAACAUUACAAUGUUCUAAAAUCGAUUAUUAUUAACUUAUUGACAAUAGUUAACUAAGAAGUAGAAGAAUGAAAAGAAAAAUUGGUAUCUUACAUAAAAAAAAAAUGUGGAAAUUCCCAGCUUUGAUGAUCAUCCUCGCUUCUACUCUUCUUUUUCAUCAGACUCUCAAAGUUGUUAACGGCGCCAGGUGUUUUGGAAGCUUAGCCGGCAACAGCAGCUACGUUAAGAAUCGCCGUGAUCUUUUCUCUACUCUUGCUAAUAAUGUCGUCACAAACAGCGGAUUCUACAACGCUUCACUCGGCAGUUAUCCCAACACAGUUUACGCUCUUGGCUUCUGUGAAAAAUACUACGAGCAAAAAGCUUGUUUCCGUUGUCUCGAAAGCUUGACUCUGGAUACACAAACGAGUUGUGGAAACAUCACGAACUCGUUCGUUUGGAGCAGUGACGAUGAAGACCGUUUUUGGUGUCUUGUUCGUUCCUCAAACCAAUCUUUCGGGAGCUUCGAGCUCAUACCUCCUUUAAUAGAGGCAAAUCCAGAUCAUAUUGGGCAAUCUGUCGACAUGAACCUUUUCAUGCAACAGUGGGAGUCAACGGUUAAUAUGACCCUCGAGGCUGCCACAAAACCUGAUAGUUCCUUGGUACAUAAGUACUAUAGUGUCGUUAAAGCCGAGUUCACGGACUUUCCAAAUGUUUACAUGCUGAUGCAAUGCACACCCGACAUAACGUCCCAAGAUUGCAAACACUGUUUGGGAGAUUGUGUGGGAUACUUUAGAGAACAGUUCCGGGGAAGAAAAGGGGGCAUGGCUAGUCUUCCGAGCUGUUUAUUCAGGUGGGAUCUGGAUUCUUUCCAUAGUUCUUUUGGUAAUGUUACGAGGUUUCCUGUGAUCCAUCGACCUCAGGUUCCGGAAAAGGGGAGCUCUAUACCAGAUAAGAAAGGAAGAAGGAUGCAUACGGGAAUUAUCACGAUAAUUGUGGUUCUUGCUUUCAUUAAUUUUUUGGUAUUUGUUGGUUUCUACAAAGUAAAAGCUCGGAGGAGAAAAUUAAACAAGGGAAUAAAUGUUGGUUGUGCAGAAUACUCUAAUUCAGAUGGUCAAUUUAUGUUACGGUUCAAUCUUGAUAUGAUCUCAAUGGCAACAGCUGAUUUUUCACCUGAAAAUAAGCUUGGCCAAGGUGGAUUUGGUACGGUCUAUAAGGCGAUUAUCCGCAAGAAUCAACUCGUACUGGACUAUGAGCUGGCCCUGAGGAAGGCGGCCUUGGAUCUUGCUGAUGCUGAAGCGACGAUCGAAGUCAAGGAGGCGGAAAUCGAGAGACAGAAAGAAGACGCUCUUAGCAAGUCCAGAGACAUUGUCGCCGAGCGGAGUCGUUACUACCGUGAACGCAAGCAAGCCGAAGAAACGGCUGCAGGUCUCGAGGAGGAGUUGGAGGACGCUCGGGCUAAGAUCGCUCGAUUGGAAGCAGAGAAGAAAGAAGAAGCUGGGAGAAUGAAGAGGACGAUGGAUCGCAUAAGGCAGAUGCAUCGUCGUGAACUUGUUUCCACGAAGAGCGGCAUCAGGGCUGUAGCGACUGAACGUUUCGACAGGUUCAGGAGGUACAUUGAAGAGCGAGACAAUCGUGAGGGAAAACUUCUUCUUCACAGCCAGGCUGUGGGGUCGUUGGACUUGGUGGGUCUGUUAGCGGAGUGGGGAAUGCCUGUCCCGAAGAAGUUAAAGGAUAUCUCAGCUGCGAAUGAGGCGUUGUAUAAGACAGAGCUAGAGAAGGCCGUUGUUGAAGAGAUUACGGAGCAGGAUCUCGUUCUUCCCGCCUUCCCUGGUCUUGACUCAUCGCAUGGCCCGGAUCCGAUCGUGGAUGAGUUUGGUUCCAACGUAGGCACCGUUGAUCCAGCUGCUGUUCCUACUCUUCGGUCUUCUAUUCUGAACCUUGGCAUCCAGUCUGCCAUUCCGCCGUCCGACACGCCGCUAGAGAUAGUUCGUGAGGCUUCUAUUGAGACGAUUUCGACCGAUCAGCAGGACGCCGCGAUUGUGUAUUCGGAGGAAGCGGGGAUCGCGGGGAGGCACGAUGAUGUAACUGCCGAAGAUUAGCCACCUUUCUCUGGAGAUUGUUGGACUGUCUGUUGUUGUUUUACUACUUAUUUGUCUCUUGACUGUUGUUUGCGAUGCCUAUGUUGCAUCUUUUGAUUUGCUCCGACGUACUUGCUUGCUUGCUCGGAUGCUUGUUGUUGUAACAUUUCGACUCUUUGUUUUUUCUUUGGUCUGCGGGACGCUUCUGUCUGCCUUUUAUUUAUUCUGGUCUUGAGCUUUAUUAA